GGUUAUUUUGUGGAGCUGAAUACAAACAUUACGUCACACCUCGUGUUUCGUUUAGAAUCGGGACCUGAGUUGUCGUAUCACUAUCUUAUUGCCUUUGCAGUAAUAAUCUCCAAUCUAGUUAGCGAUUACAAACGUUUCUUAUUCAAGCUCGUUUAACUUAGUUAUAUCCUGGACUUUGCACAAAUGGUCGCUGACGGCGAAUAUUCCGAUGUACACUUUCUACAAUCUAAUAUUUCACUUUAUGAGGAUUCUUCUCUGAUAGAUACUGGAACCUUAAAAAUAUCUGAAGAAUGUUUUACAUGGGAAGGUACAUCAAAACAAUUCUUUAUUCCUUAUUCACAAAUAACCUUACAUGCUAUUGCCAGGAAUACGGUAGACCAGACUGGAGAUCAUCCCAAUAAUUUGUUUCCUCAUCCACAUUUAUUAGUAAUGAUCGACGGAGAUCGUGUAUGGGAUUCAAAUAAUACUGAUAAUUUAUCUGAUACGAAGUCACAGAACGAGCAAGAUGGCAUGCAAAUUGAUGCAGAAGGUUCAGAUGAAGAAAAAGAAGACUCUGAUAGUGACCGCGCUCCAGACUGCCCUGGUUCUACGUCCGUCCUCCGCUUGGUUCCACAAGAUUCUGCACAGCUCGAAGACAUGUAUAAAGCACUAGCCGACUGUCAAGCAUUAAAUCCGGAUCCUGAAGAUGAUAAUUCAGACUUCGAGGGUUUCGCAGAAGAUGAUGAAUAUGAAAUUAAUGAUCAGGGUAUGGAAUUCAAAAACCAUACGAAUAAUAAUGGAAGAUUCGGUGAACCGGACCAGUUCGCAGAUGCCUAGCACUUUUUUGUAAAUUAAUUGAUGUAUUUUGUCAUUAACGAUUUAAAACAAAUAUAUAUCCUAUUUUAUUGAAUAUUGUUUUCUUUCUCAGUAAGCACAUAAUACCUAGUUAUCUUCAAAAUCAUGGUAAACUAGAAUCCAUAGUUAUAAGGUGGAACCCUAUGUAGAGAAAAAUAACUCGAGAGGUAUCAAACGAAG